AUCAAGAGAUGAAGCGUAUCGCAACUUUGUGCGACGGCUUCGACACGUCUCGUCGAUAAGAAAAAGAAAGGCUCAUGGAAGAGGCGGUAAGGAUGCGUUGGCGAGGGAGCGCCAGAGCGGGGAGACGAGCCGGGCUGAUCUCCACAUGGGACGUUGAGGAUGGUGGCAUUGGGCGCACUCGCUGACCUCAAGACUCAAGAGUCAAGGCCUACGGAGUAUGUACUAAUCAACACGGAUGGAUACCAACUCAAGAGUGACUUGCAGAAGCGAGGAAAAAAGAGCUGAAGCAUAGACGAGAAGAUGCAAGGCAUGGAUAGUGGAUUGUACUCCGUAGUGGAUGAUGCAUGGGAACAAAGUGCAGUGUGUGUGUGCAAAUGUACGUACUGCGUACCAAGCAGCUCGCCUCACCCUGUUCACCUCGUCUUAGUGGACCGCAAUCGCUGGGCGACCCCGCCGCCAUCUGAGGAAGGGCCUAGCUCUCCCAUUACCUCCAGAACGAACUUGGUUGCUUGGGCUGCCUUCCCAGCGCCCAUCGUCCCAGAUUGUGUCCAGUGUAUUAUUGUCUGCGCACCCCGAAAAGCACAGAGCCUCAUCGUUAAUUCACCAACCACAAUUCGACACCCCACGCCGUCGAACCUUCCAUCAUUCAAUCGCGACGACCAAACCUUUCGAAGAGCGACCGAUGCGCACCACAGGGUUCGAUAUACUCUCGCGACCAUGAUGCGAGAUCCGCGUCGCCGGAGCCCAGAGAGCUCUCGGCGGCGAAGAAGAGACCGCCGUGGUUCUCGCGAACAACUCGCCACCGCUGCCGACGAAAGCGUCAUAUCCAGCAUUCCCGGUCCAUCAUCGAGGGCCCCAACACAGCAGCAGCCCCUGCCGGCCCUGUAUUCGCCGUCGCAAUCGCAAUACCCCCAAUCCUAUACCGAACCUCAGAGAUACCCCGAAGCCGAGAGAUAUGCUGCCCCUUCUGAGAGAUACUACGAUCCUCAGAGAUAUGGCGAACCCCAACGAUACCCCCAACCCGAACAGUACCAGCAGCAUCAACAGCAGUAUCCCCCUUCCGAGGCCUUCGUUCAGCCUCUAGGCUAUGGCCAACCCGAACGAUAUACCCAGCCGCAGGAAUAUCAAGGACAGCAUCACCAGCCCGAGAGGAUGCGACCGCGAGGUGGCUCCAGUGCUUCUUCGUCCUCUUCCACAUCCUCCUCCAUGCUCAACAUUUCAGCAAAAAGCCCCAAGUUUGGCGGCCUCUUCAACACUUUCUUUAGGGCCCCUUCUGAGCAGCGCAAACGUCGUAGGAGAAAGAAGCAGAAAGCCCGCAUUCUCUCCUUUGGCAACUCCUCUUCCUCAUCCGUCAACUCUGACAUGGCUUACGGUCGCGGCUACAUUGACCGCGACAAAAGUCAGCUUACGAGCCCGGCGCCUCAAGCCUACGCGAGCCCCUCGCUGUACCGCACUGAACCGGCUGACGCCCGUCAACAACAACAACAACAUCCGCCUCCGAUGCCCCGCGACAAGACCGAUGAGGAAAUUCUCGAGAUUGGCCGCCAACUGCAAGACAUUGCCCGGAGGCAGAAUGACCAUGAUCUCAAGUCUGCUGCCAAGUCGCGGACGUCCCAGCUUGCCGGUACUGCGGCUGGUGCCGCAGCCGCAGCCGCCGCCUUCAGCCAUUUUCGUAGUAAGAGUAAGAGCGACACCAAGACCAGAGGAUCUGGCACUUCUAAACCUAAUGAAAACGCUUCUUCCUCGGACGAUGACUGGGAAUCAGCGUCUGAAGAUGAGUCUACUACUACGGACGAUUCCGACAAUGGUCUCGCAUAUGGCUCUGCCGUCAAGCCGUCCAAAUCAGCAAGGAUCUCAACAGCGCCCCCGGAGCAGAUCAAGCCACCAUCACGGAGGAGUACCAUUGUGGACCCACGCCUCUUCGGACCCGUAAACUCUCUUCGCGGCGCUGUAAAAAGUCCAUGCGGCUUCGGCGAAGAAGACCCCCGCUCCGCUGGCUCUUCCCGCCGCCACCACGAAGAGACGGUAGCCCAGGUCGAAUCGCCCAAGACGGGAAAGCAGCCGAUGCAGCGUAUAUACCCCGUGCCGACCUCGGAUCCCGAUAAGUUCGACUACGACCGUAGCUCUGUAACUUCAUCCCGCCAGGAUAUUCCCCAGCGUGCCCGACCCGAUCCGGUCCCUAUCCAGCAGCCUAUUCCCAUCGUGCCUCUCCCGUCCAAGGUUUACGAUGCAGAGAGAUUCGAGGAGGAGGAGGAGCGCCGGAACUCUAAGCAACCUCGCCUGCCGCCCAAGGGCAGGAGCGCUGCCGAGAAUGCCAUCGCUGGCGUAGGCAUUGCUGCCGCGGCUCUAGGUGCGACGAUGGCUGCUAACCGUAGAGACUCGGGCGAGUACCUCGAACGUCCCGAUGAGCGCCGAAGUGAAGUACGAGAUCAUCAUAGGGAGGAGCACCGCGAUUCCUGGCAAAACCGCCGCAAGGAGGAAGAGCCCGAACGUCCGGUAAGGAUCGAGCUGGAAGACCGCGACCCUCACGAUCAGAACGAUCCCCGCCGGCCACAUCGACGCAACAACGUUGAGAUCAUUGACGACCGAGACAAGCAUCGUGCCGGCCGUUCUGAUCCAGCCUAUGAGGCCCUGAAGAAGCCCGACGUUGAGACUGACCCUCGUCCGGAGGUGUACAAGUUGCCCCAAGGUGAUGAGAUUCGAGUUGAGUACGACCCAAAAGAUGACCGCCGGCCACGUGAGGAACCCAAGGAGCCUCGUAGGGAUGACCGUAAGCCGGUGGUGGUCGUAGAUGAACGCCGGGAUGCGAAGCGGGUAGAGAAGCCGACUGAGGCGCCCCGAGAGAAACAUGGGGUGGAGCAUCCCGAGGCCCCCAAUGCACAAGCCCCUAUUGACCCUUUCCAGUUCCAGGUCGCUGAUGAUGCCUUCCAAACGCCAAAGUACGCCACCCCGAAGAGGCCCUUGACGCCCCAGGUCGUCACCGUCGACCGCGAACCCAACUUUGACGACUCUCCACCGAGGAAGCCCGACUACUCCGAAUCCCGAAUGAGCCGCAAAGACUCCUUUGAACUCGAGAAGCGUCUGGAGCAGUACCAGCAAGGAGCACGAGACCGUUCCCGGACCCCUGAGCCGCGCCGUCGGAGGGACUCGCUCCAAGAGGAACAGCAUGCUGCAAAGACCAUCUACGAGGAGGCCAAGCAUGCUACCGUGCCAAUAGCCGCCGCCGCCAUUGCCUCUGCCAUCGCUGUCGAGGAGGAGAGAUCACGCAAGCACCGCAACGAUCAAGUGACCGAGGAUGGCUCCCGUGACAGGUCCCAAGCUACCAAGGACGCCGUGCAGGAGGAGGCAGAUAGGUACUACCGUGAGACUGUCAUCGCCCGCAAGAUUGCAAAGGACGAGAUCCGCUCGCGCAGCGCAUCUCCCCACGACGAGUCUGUCGUUGGCAAGUGGCAGGACCACGACGAGGGUCCUGAUAUCGUUACAAUCGUAACGCCGCCGGAGAUGGAUCACCCUCAUGACAAGAGCCCCUACGACGCGCCCAACGCCGACGUUCGCAUUGAUCAUGUCAUCAUCCCCGACGAGCUUAACCGCUUCCGCCUGCCCCACCGUCAGCUCGAUCCCGGCGCACAGCCGAUCUUCCAAUCUCGCGAUCCUUCUGCUGAGCGUGAACGACCACUGCUAAACCUCGUCUUGCCUACGCCCGUUGUUACCCCACGCCACACGCCUGCCCCCGAGAAGCAAGCGGAACGACAAUUUUCCAGCAGAAGCCAGGAGCCUGUUCAACCACGAUCAGUUCCUUCAACUGAGCCACCUUCUUCUGCAACCGCGCCUACCACUGAAAUCGUUUUCGGACCCAGAGGCGAGGUUAUGGAAAGGCCUACGACACCCACAGCCAAGUCCGUCACUUGGGGCGAAAAUGAGACAAAGAGCUUCCAGAUCGAGAGCCCAGAACCUCCGAAAAAGGCGCCGUCCAGCACUUCUAGCAAGUCAAAGAAGAAGAAGAAAUUGGGCAAGAGUUCACCAUGGGGCAUCAUCGCGGCGGGCGUCGCUGGUGGAGCUGCAGUGGCUGCAGUCUCCGAAGCUUCCGAAGCUCCCAAGAUGCGCGAUCCUUUCGAGAGCAAGCCGGACGAAGAUAGGGAGAGGCGUAGUCCGCCAGAGUCACCAAAGUCUCGUAGCGUUGAGCCUAUAUCGCCCAUCAUCGAAGCUGCCCCGUCUAAGCUCACCACGUCGUUCGAAGAUGAAGCAGACUUGCCUCCCGCCCCCGGCCCCAAGCCGUCCAGUCCUCAGACAUCUAGAAUGCCUGGCGCCUUUGCGGAUGAUCUAGAAUUUGCCUCUGUGCUGGCGGCUGGUCUCCAAGACACUGGGUUUGACCCGAACAUCGUGAUUGACAACCCUACCUACAUGCGCCGCGACAGCCCGCCGGGACAGAGUGAGCCGGCCGUCUACCACCAGCCUUUUGCGGAGACUGUCACCGACCUGGGCAUCUAUGGCCCCGAUCACACGCAUGAUGGGCCUACUGGAGGCGACCGCGGUUUUGUCAUGGGCGAGGUGCCAGAAACGCCAGUAGCCGAAAAGGAAUUGCAUAACGGCCACGCGGCUGACUCCCCUCGUGAUAAAGAGCGCCGUGACAAGGGCAAAGCUAAAGAGGUGCCAUUUGUUGAGCGGGAGCCGCUAGUUGAAGAGGCUGAGCCGUCGAGGAAGCUGAGCAAGAAGGAGAAGCGCAAGCAAAAGGCGUCAAAGAGGCAAAGCCUAGACAACGCGCUGCCUGACGAGACUUACGAUGUCCCCGAAUCAAGAUCACAGCGUGAACCUGCUUCUUCGUCUGCACCGGCCCCUGUCUACGAAAGACCGCACGGCUAUUAUGACGUUCCCGAAGCGACAUCACGACCUGAACCCAACCCAUUUGCACCGAUGGAUCAAGCAUACGCCAGACCUCACAGCUAUCACGAUGUCGCCGAAGCUGCACCCCAACCUGCGCCAGCCCCUUACUCGCAAGCAGUGCCCACCUACGAUAGACCUCAUAGCUACUACGGCGAGCCAACAAUCGCUUACCGAGACCAACCUGCUCCCUACGCAGACACAGGCCUUCCUUACGAGAGGCCUCACAGCUACUACGACACCCCUCAAAGCCCGGAAACCGUUGUGGCGCUUGGCUCAAAGACUCGUGAAUUCCAGGACGCACCUACCUGGGAUCUGCCCAACUCUUCUGGGACAGCGCACUCCUACGGCGAGACUCCCGCCUCUAGAGCGGUGGACUCCGAAGCUGCCCCGGCAGAUACCGAAGCCUCCCCAUCAACGAAAACGAGUAAGAAGGACAAGAAGGAGAAGAAGAGGCGACCCUCGAGAUCUGAUAUCGUUGUCACAUAUGAUGACGAUGAGCCAGAAACCCAAGAGCCAUCUUCUUACAACGAGUCGAACACCUCCCGCGAGAAGCUGCCUGAGAAGGAAUUAUACCGCUCUAGUGAACCUCAAGAGGCUGGUGACGACGCGUGGGACGAGCCUGCGAAGAAGAAGAAGUCCAAGAAAUCUAAGCAGAGCUCAGACGAAUGGACAGACGUCGAGAAACAAAGCGAUUACACCGCGACUCCAACCGCCGAACGGAGCAGCACUCGCGACGGUCUUGAGGACUGGGACGAUCUUCCGGCCAAGUCUCAGCGGGACCGUUCCAAGUGCGAAGACCGAGAUGUGAGCUCUGUAGUGUCUGAUCCGUCGAGCAGGCGAGAGAAGUCAGAACGCCGUUCCAAGAGCAGCCGGCAAGACGACCGCGACGUGAGCUCCGUUGUCUCUGACCCUGCGAGCCGACGUGACAAAUCUGAUCGUCGAUCUCGAAGCAGCCGGUACGAGGAUGCUGACGCCAGCUCGGUGGUCUCUGAUCCCUCUAGCCGGCGUGAGAAAUCCGAUCGCCGGUCCCACAGCAGUCGCUUCGAUGAUAAAGAUGCUAGUUCAGUAGUGUCCGACCCCGCCACACGGAGCGAAAAGUCAGAACGUCGCUCCAAGAGUCGUCGUGAGGACGAUCGGGACGCGGCAUCUGUUGUCUCUGACCGUUCGUCUCGUCGCGAGAAGUCUGACCGACACUCCAACGGGACUCGCUACGACGACGACGCCAAGUCGGUGGUGUCCGAAAGUUCUGAACGUAAGAGACGCAGUCGAGACGACAAGAAGAGUCCCAAGGAAGACGAGAAGCGCAGUAGCGGCUUCUUUAACAACUUAUUCGGAAACAGAAGCAGUAAGGAUGUAUCUGGCAAGGAUGAGAAGUCGUCUUUUUUAGAUAAUGCCGGCACCCUUGGCGCGGGUGCCGGCUUGGCGAGCGCCGUGGCAGCUUUGGGCUCCAUGAUGUCCCGCUCCAACGCCAACGAACCGCAGUUGGAAGAGUCGUCAGAUGCUCUCCGACAUCGCGAGAGAUCCGCCAGUCCCCCGCGAGACGUUGACAUCGUCGAUCCUGAGAUUGUGCCGCGGAUUAUUAGACCUGCUAUCGAUCCUCAGUACGGAGACUUCCUCCCUCUGCCACCCAGUCCAAUGCCGCCCAGCACGCCUGGCUCGCCCACCCAAACAGUCUUGGAUGAGCUUCCUGCCUUGCCCGACAGCCGGCCGGAGACGCCACCGGAAGAACGCAGGCGUCAGCACGAGACCAAGACACCAAAGACACACGCGCGCAAGCGUAGCAACAUGGAGACACCGACCAGAAGCCCUAGUCAGACAGCCGUGCCCUUCAAGCUGCGACUCGGGCAGAGGUCGGCACCUUCGUCUCCCGGUACCUUUGGAGUCUCGCCAGUCACUUCCCCAGCAGUGCCGACGUUUCCCGAGAACACACACAUCACUCCUCCUCACCCCGCUUCCCUGUCCAGGCGCCCUUCGAGGCCCAUCUCGUGGGAAAAUAGCCGCGAGAUCAAGCCACUCUACCUACUUGAACAGGCUCGUCAGGAAACCGCAGCUCAGUCAAUGGAGCCACCCAUUGAUUUCCCAGAACUGCCUCCGAGCGAGCCGUCCUCGCGGGAGUCUCCCGCACCGGAAUUCGCGCUGCGUGAUGAGGAUGUGAACUACUUCCAUCAGCUUCAGGCAUCACCCUUUGAGCCUGACCUUCGUCUUGACACGGAUAUGUCACGCUAUCCUGAAAAGAUGACGCGCCGUUUCAGCUCGCAAGAAACUACGCCCAAGGCAGAGCAUGCAAUCCAGCAUGCUGGUGCCUUGUUUAAUGCGGCAUCGCCUGGCCUUCCCGCUACUGCAGAUGCCGCCAAGGGGUUGGAUUUGUCAGAGCAUGAUCUAGAGAUGCUGCCCGCACUUCCUGCUAGCUCUCUGACGUCGCCGACAACAAGAUUGGAGACUGGAUCGGCAUCCCCUCUUUCUCAAGAGAGAGACUUACCAGGCCCAUCAUCGCCAUCAGUUGCAGGAACUGCAGUCACUUUAAGAGAGUUGCAAGACUUGCCAGCCCUUCCUGCCAGCCCUGUGGCAUCCCCAGCAACGGCUAUUGCUAGUCCUAUCCAUCAUGCGGCCAAGUUAGAGCAGCUACCUGCCCUUCCCGACAGCCCCGUGACGCACGCAACUGAGAUGCCCGAACCGGAACAAGUAGAGAUUACGUCCAAAGAAAGAAGUUCGUAUCUCCUACACAUGACGCCCCCAUCAAUCAUCAAAAAUCUAAUGGAUCGUGACACACCAGACACACCAUCGAGCCCUACGCCAAACCGGUCCCGUGAUAUUGCUGCCAACUUGAUCGAGGUUGAUCAUGAUGGCCAUUCCCGUGAUGAUGCUAUCGGUGCUCUGUUAGGAGGUGCCGCGGCUGGUCUGGGAGCUGCCUAUCUGGCAGACCGUCUCAAAAGCCAUGACAAGUCGGCAGAACUUGACCGCGAAGCAAAGGCCUUGGAGGCUCCCGAGCCAGCGGAGCCACCAAUGGUUGAGGCGAAGAAAUCCAAGAAAGACAAGAAAAAGAAGAAGAAGGGUAAGGGUGCGUCAGUCCACGGUUCCAUCCUUCCCCCAGAUGAGCCUACUUCUUCUGUUCUUGCAACAGAUGCCGAUAAGACCUUGGUGUCAGCCGAGCCACUUGCAACCGACUCCAUCGACAAGGACUUCUCGCCGUCAAACGACCAAGCUCGCACCAUGCCAAUUGAAGAGUUAGCCCACGUCUCGAUUAACGACACUGUUCACGCCGUGCCACUCGACAAAUCUGUGGUGCCUUCCGCCAAGGUUCCCUCAUUCGAUGUCUUCCCUGACGAUAUGACCAAUUUGCCAUCGCUUCCUGCUGCGUCUGCCGAUGAGGACGCACUUCUCUCAGCCGAUUUCACUCCCUCACCAGCUCAGCGUGCCGAUGAAACGCUGCCUCCAACUCAGGCUCGUCUGUCUCCGGAGUCGAAAGCUGGGGCACUUGCCGCGAUCGAUGCACUUCCACAUAUUGCAAGCAACGGUGACGACGCGGAAAACCCCCCUACAGAACCGUCUGUAGAUCGCAGCGCGCUGGUCAAGGAAGCCGUUCCUGAAGCCGCUACACCUGAGCGUUAUCUCGAGGAUGACGCGUCUGACAAAAAGCUGUCAAAGAAAGAGAGAAAGAAGCAACUCAAGAUCAAAAAGGCUUGGGAGCAGGCUCAGGCUGAGAUGCAGGAGCUUGAACAAUCCGCCGGGUCGACCGAGCAGAACAGCAAGGCCACCUCCGAAGCAAACACGACGCCGUUCGCCAAUUCCACGCCUGUGUUUGAGCAGACUGCAGAGACUACCGAGGCCGAGCGAGCUGCGGGCGUCCCGCUACCUGAGGUCUCGGAUGAGGUUUUUGAAGCUCCUCUCGAGUCGUUGGCUGAUGUUGGGCCCGCUCCCGAACCCGAAGUUGCUCCCGAAAUAGAGGCGAUGCUAACUUCCCUACCUGCGGUUGAACAAGCGGCAGCUAUCCCUCUACCAGAGGCCUCGGACGAGGGCCUUGAUGCUCCUCUGGACUCUGUGGCCCCUUUCGAGCACAAGCCUGACACCGCUUUCGAUGCAGAGGCACUGCCAACUUCCUUACCGAUUCAUGGCCAAGCUACAGAGACCCGUGAGAUCGAGCAAACUCCAGCUGAGCCGCUCCCCGAGAAGGUCGAGGAUGUGUCUCAGUUGGAGGUCAAGGAGGCGUCCAAAGAGCCGGUCAAGGUCAAGACAGAGGAGGAGCCCAAAUUCGAAGAGGAUCCCUUUACUGGUUUGAGUAAAAAGCAGAAGAAAAAGAAGAUGGCAGCAAUGGCAGCAGCAGCUACCGCCGCCGCCGCUGCAAUCGCCACCCGCGAAGCUGACGCUUCUGAAGCCAAGGAAGCCCCCGUCUCUCCAAUCCCACUUCUCGAAGCCAUCUCGGAGCCGCCAAUUGGUGCCGAAAAGGCAACUGAGACCACCACGGAUGCCGAAAAAGCUGCAGAUGUCCCUCUCUCUGAAGUCUCGGAGCCUAUUCCAGAGACUUCUCUCGAGCCUGUCGAUGGUCUCAAGGAGAAGGAGUCUUCCGAUGCCGAAGUUGCUGCUGCUGUUCCGCUACCUGAAAAUGUCAACGAGUCGCUCGAGCCAGAGAUUGAGCCAGAGGUUGUACAGGUUCAGCCUGAAGAGCAGCCCGAAGAGCAACCCGAGGUUGAGGUGGACCCCUUUGCUGGUCUCAGCAACAAACAGAAGAAAAAGAAGAAGGCCGAGAUGAAGGCAGCCGCUAAAACUGCUGAGGCCGCUGUGGCCGCCGCCGCCAUGCCACUUCCUGAGCAAGUCAACGAGUCGCUCGAUCCGGAGGCCAUUUUUGAGCCAAUCCUUGCUCCCAAGGAGAAGGAGAAGGUGUUUUCCGAUGCCGAAAUUGCUGCUGCCGUUCCACUACCUGAGCAUGCCGAUGAAUCGCUCGAACCAGAGAUUGAACAGGCCAAGCUCCAAGCACAGCCAGAGCGUGUCGACGAGUUGCUCGAACCAGAAGUCGAGCAAGCCAAGCCUGAAGAGCAGCCCGAGGUUGAGGUGGACCCCUUUGCUGGCUUGAGCAACAAGCAAAAGAAAAGGAAGAGGGCCGAGAUGAAGGCAGCCGCUGAGGCUGUCGAGGCUACUAAAGCUGCGGAGGCUACCGAGGUUUCUGAGACUACUGCCGUCGACGCCGCCGCCGUUCCACUUCCUGAGCAUGUCGACGAAUCACUAGAAUUGGAGGCCGAACAACCCAAGCCUGAAGAGCAGCCAGUGGUCGAGGAGGAACUAGUGGUCGACAAGCAGCCUGCAGUCGAGGAGCAGCCUUCGGUUGAGGUGGACCCCUUUGCUGGCUUGAGCAACAAACAGAAGAAAAAGAAGAAGGCCGAGAUGAAGGCAGCUGCUGAAGCUGCUGAGGCCGCUGGUAUUGCUGCCGCUGCUGAGGCCGCUGAAGUAAGCAGAGCGGUGGAAGUCGAGCAACCAGCAGUCACGUCACCCUCGGGCCCCAUCGAAGAGGACAAGCCAGCUAAUGAAGCGACUACUGCUCCUGAAACCAGCACCUCUCAAUCUAAGGAAUCCAUCGAGCUUGAGCAGCCUGCAGCCACUUCUCUUGCAGAUAUCGAGGAAAAGAAGCCUGAAGCAGAGCCGGAGCAGCCCAAGGUAGAGGAAGACCCGCUUGCAGGUUUGAGCAAGAAGCAGAGAAAGAAAAAAUUGGCUGAGAUGGCUGCUACCGCCGAGGCUGCCGCUCAAGCCAGCGCCGCUCAAGCUAGCGAAACUCCCGAGGCGUCAAAAUCUCUUCCAGAGCCUUGUCUGGCCCCCUCUGCCGAUGUUCAGGAGGUCAAGGACACGGAUGAAGCUGAAAAGCUCCCGGCACUCCCCAUUAUUGAGGAACCGGUUCCUGUCCCCGUCCUAGAUGCGGCCCAGGAAUCACUGCCUGAGAUCAACGAUCUCAAGGAGGAAGUCGAGACUGACCUACCUAUUUCAUCCCCGGUUCCUGACUCUUCAGUCCCUGACACCAAGAAGGAUAAAAAGAAGAAGAAGAAGAAGGGCAAGAAAUCUCUGGAUGAGACAAACGAACCUCUUCGAUCUACUUCGGCCCCCGAGUCCUCAACUACUUCUUCUCAACAAGACACUCCUGCAUUGCACAUCGAAGAAAAGUCGGUUGGCACCGCUGAUGACGUUGCACCCGUGCAGCAAGAGUCCGUUUCCGAAGCGCCGGAAGCCAAGUCCGCCGGGAUCCAGGACAGCCUUCCUGACCAGCAACUCGAUAUCCAUGGCCCCCAGGAAAAGCCCAACACACCAUUGGAAUCAUUGCCGUACCCCUCUGAGUCUAAGGACAAGUCACUCGACCCAUCUGACAGCUUGUCUGAGCAGCAGAUUGCAAUUCUUGACCAAGACGACAAGCCCACCGACACCAACGUGGUGGCCAUUGGCGAAACUCAGCGUGUACCUUUACCACAAGAGGAAGGCCCAGCCACGCUUGAAGAUGACCCCUGGCAGCUAGACGAGGACCCAUGGCAACAACCACCCUCUAUCUCUGGACAAGGAGACAUUCCUGCAAAGAGCGAUGAGGUUUUACAGCCCCUGAAAGCCGAUCAAAUCACUGAUGACACCUCUGUCGAAUUGCGGGAAGCAGUGGACCCAGCUGAGGCCGAGUCUGCGCCUUUGUCCAAGAAGCAGAAGAAGAAGCUGAAGAAGUCCAAGAACGACCAGACCGCUGACGCUUUAGUUGAAGCUGAAGCAAAGCCUCCUUCCACCGAGCCAGCUGCAAGCACAGAGCCUUCCGCUUCGGAAUUGAAGUUGGUAUCGACCGAUAAUGACACUCCUCAACUUGCCUCCGUAGAACCUGCUGCCGAUAACGCAGUGGUCGAAUCGCCCGCUGCGAAAGCAUCGGAGGAGACACCCGUUUUGCCUGAUGCCGAACCAGAUGCUGCCACUGUUCCUCUCCCAGAGGACGAUGGCGAUUUUGUUAAGCAGGUCCCCAAACAGAUCGUUGCCAAAACGGAUGCAGUAGCGAUGCCUCUCCCUCAAGAUGCUGCCCAAAAGGCCUAUGAGGUAUCUGAACCAGCUUCGGCCGAGAAAGACGCCGCUGCGCUCCCUCUUCCGGAGGAUGUUACCGAAAGAGCCUCCAUUCCCGCUCCUGAAUCUUUUGACAACGUGCCACCUGUUGUCGACGACAACGCAAUGGCAAAUUCUGAGCCUAGUCUCAUGGAGCCGCCACCAGCUGAACCCAUCCAGCUCGAGACGUCCGGCAAAAAGAAGAAAAAAAAGAAGAAGGCCAAGAGUGCUUUGCUGUCACAGCUGGAUGACGUAUUGCCGUCCGAGUCGACGCCUCUACAAUCCCCAGGUGUUCAAACGCCUACCACCGAGGCUCCUAUCACCAAGACUCCCGUCAACGAGACUGCCGCUACCGAUGUCCUUGUUGGCGAAGGUCCCGUCAUCGAUACCCCGGCGUUCGAUGCCUGGGGAAUCGAGAGCCCUGCUUCCGAGUACUUGACCAACGCCCCUACUACUGAAGCUCCCUCUGUUGAGGCUCCUUCCGUCGAGACUCUUACCGCCGAGACUCCUACCGUUGAGACUCCUGCCGUUGAGACUCCUGCCGUUGAGACUCCUGCCGUUGAGACUCCCACCGAGACUCCGGCUGCUGAGACUCCGGCUGCUGAGACUCUGGCUUCUGAGACCCCGGCUGUUGAGACCCCGGAGGUCGAGACUUCGACAGAUGCGGCUUCAUCAGCGCAAGCUCUCUCCGCCGAAGACGUCGUCAACGAUAAGUCCUCCGCUGAAGAGCCAGCGGCUGAGGCAUCUAAGGUUUUAAUCACGGAUGCAUUCGCUGAGGGCCUGUCCAGUCAGGGGAUUGUUACCGAUGCCAGCGCUUCUGAACCCAUCCUUGUGAACGCACAGCAUCCAGAAGACGUCGACCUUCAGACGGCCAAGUCCGACGUACUUACCGAAACGGCCCCAGCUACGGCGGACACUCUUGAGACUUCUGCGUCUUCUUCACUUCCCACUGAGCAACAGCAAGACUUGAUUCCGGCCGAUGAGACUUCCAAGUCUUCCAAAAAGUCGAAGAAGCAGAAGAAGAAGAACAAAAAAGCAGCCGAAGAGAAUGAGCAGGUGUCUGCAAUCAUCAACGAAGAGCCUUCUGCCGAACUCGCAGAUGCUACUCCAUUCAACACAUCAAUUGAUGAGCAGUCCUCUGCCACCCACGUGCAGAAAGCCGAUCAAUCCCAGGCAAUCGAUGUCAAGUCGACAGAUGUCGCUAUAGAAGAGGCAGCUCAAGUGGAACCUCAAACGCCAACAACGAUAGAAAGCCAGGACGAGGCUUUCCUCACACCUCCGCAAGGGCCUGCGACUCCUAUCAGCCCAGACGAGGUUUUCGAGAAUGCCUCUCAGGAGCCGACGCUUGUCGACAGCCAAGCUGACUCGCUUGAGACCAAACCGCAAGAAGCCGUCGCCGAGGACCAGCAGGACCGUGGUCUAGACUCUCCAAUUGAACCCGAAGCACUAUCGUCCAAGAAGAGCAAGAAGAAGGCUAAGAAGGCUGCUGCUGCAGCCGCCGCAGCCGCAGCCGCAGCCGUGACCACGUUGGAGCCAGCUAUUGAGGACGUUACCAAGGAUUCGGACAAGAUGGAUACUAAGGACGAGACGGUUGCGGACGAGCCGAUCACAGACAAGACGAUCACGGACAUUGGAAACUCGAACACGACCAUUUCAGACAAGAUUGGGGAGAUGGAGCAAUCAUCGCAAGAACCCCCCGCGAGCGGCGAAUUCGCUACGGACAGCAAGAUUUCAGAGGAGGCAGACCCAGGACCAACUGUUACCAAAAAGGGAAAGAAGAAGAAGAACAAGGGCAAGAAGUCUUCUACCCUGGACCCGGAGAGUACCCUCGAAAACUCGGCAGAUGUAGCGAAUACAAGAGAACAGUCCGCUUAUUUGACCUCUCCGUCGGGAGAGCUUAGCAGUGACGAAAUCCCCUUCCCGCAAGCAGAUACGUCGACAGAGGCUGAGUGGCCGACUGCUACAACUGCGGGCAAGAAGAAGAGGAAAUCCGUGACCUGGGCACCUGAACUGGAGUCUUUCUCGACCAUUGUUGAGCCUGAGCCUGAAUUGCCUCAUGAAGACGAGAAUGGCUUGGAGACGGCAAGCAACACGGAAAGCGACUCCAUCUUCCAGGCAUCUUCUGCAAUCGAGCCAAGCUCGGUACAGGAUGCGUCAAGGGCAGGGGAGUUGCCCGAAGCAGGCAGUCCAGGCGAUGUUCCGACCUCGCAAGGUUCAAAAGACAACGCCGAUCAACAAACAGCCACAGCUGUGGCGGAGAAGGAUCUCGACUCUGAUGGCCAAGCACAGAUGCACCCUGCAAGCGAGUCCAGUGAGGAGGCCUUGCCCACACUGCAAGACACAACAACGAUCCCCAGCGAUCAUGUUCCGUCAUCUUUUGGGCUGAACACCACGCGGGGAGUCGCAGGCGAGCCAAUGGAUUAUCUGACCCAGGAGCUUUCAACGCCUGCCUCUUCCAGGGACAGCGGCGCAGAGGUGGCCAACGAGAAGGGCGGUGAGACAUCUGAGCGGGAGCACGAGGUGGACGCGGAGCAGGUGGCUAGCGCCCAGGCUGGUGCAACAUCGGACCCCGAAGCUGCGGGCCGCCCUGACACCAUUGACGAACCAUCAGCGGGAUCCAACGCUCAAACGGGAGAGGUCGGCAGCCAGGACCCCGGCCUGCAUGUGGGUGUGGAGUCGAUUGACGACAAAUCACUGGAGAACACGCAAAACGGGCGGAUAGCGGAUGCCCAAGCCGUGGGACCGGCCCUCACCGACUCGGCCCUGGAGCUUCUGGAGGCUGGAGACCCACUUCACACCCCGGUCACAGCCUUGGCGAACCAAGAGACAAACACGGAGAUCCCCCAACCUCUGGGACAGGGCACGCAGGAGGGACAGGUACCCAGUCAGACAUCAUUGGAGGUUGGCAAAAAGUCUGAUGCGGGGAUUACUGACUCUACUGCCGAGACCGAGACCCUUCCGGAAGACGUUCAGCAACUAGACAAAUUCUCAAACGUCGACAAGAAGGAAGAAGAAAAGAAGGACCAGAGAGAGGGAUCUGAAUCUCUCGCCGCCAAUGCUGGAUUCCCGGGUCAGUCAGAUUAUUCGGAAUCUUUGGGUCAACCGAUUUUGCCGGAGCCGCAACUAGAGCCGCUCUCGGAGACUCUUCCCGGCCUUGAACCGACAGGGGACCCGAGUACCACCCAGGACCUGGACCAGACCGAGACACAAGUCGGUCAGGAAGACGACCUUGGUUCUGAGCCCUCAAGCUCGAGCAAGAUGUCCAAGAAGGACAAGAAGAGCAGCAAGAAGAAGACCAAGGCUGCAUCUUCAGAGCCGGUUCCUCAUGAUGAUGUCCAAAUUCUCAGGUCACAGAGUGUGGACGACGGAGCCCCAGCCGUCAAGGCCAUUGACGAAUCAGUCCAACCACCGGAGCAGGCGGGGCCGGAGCCCUCGCCGGAUGUCACGGACGCCCCGGAGGCGACCACCGUAAGAGAAGCCAUCGAGGCUGGCGAGGAUGAAUGGGCAGUUCAACCAGCUGGCAAGAAGAGCAAAAAAGACAAGAAAAAGAAGGAUAUGGCUCAAGCAUCUGCUGUCGUGGAAGAGCAGAGCACUGAGCCUGCGCCUGCAACGCGCGAAUUUGCCUCUGAGCCAGAAGCUCCUUUACAACCUUCAGUAGAUGAAGCCUCCAAGGGUGACAAUACUGGCGACCACAAGCCAACAGAGGAUUCUAGGGACGACCCGGAGAGUGCAGAGCCCCAGAAGAGUGAAGAGGUGCAAGCUCCCGCAGAAAGCACAUCAGAUGACGUUCAAAGUAUAUUACAAUCAACAACAAAGGAGGAGCUGUCAGCCGAACCAGUAGAGGCUGACAUCGGUGACUUCGAGCCGACCAAGAAGAGCAAGAAGGACAAGAAAAAGAAGAAGAAGCAACAAAGCCUUUCAUUAGACGACAGUCAGGAGCUUCCUCAGCCGAAGACUCCGCUAAAGAUAUCUUCCUCUGCUUCACCUGACGACGUCCUCUUACCCGGCGACACAGCACAGAAGCUUUCUCAAGGUGUGCAUGCUUCUUCAGAGACAGUACCCGAAGGCCCGUCAAAGGCCGAUGCUCAGGAUGACUCGACUUUGAAGUCCGAGGAAGCACCACCGACCCAAGACCCAACAGCAACUUUGCAGCCUACCGACCUGGAAGCAGGAGCCUCCCCUACCCCUGCGACUGAAGAAUCCGAAGUCAAGCAGGAGUUACCCUCGGAACCUUCCAUCCAAACCGAUCCUGCUGCAACAACGCUCGAAUCACCUGCAGACAACACCACUCCACUGGUAGAAGAAGAGAUUUUGGCUGUCACCAAGAAGUCCAAGAAGGACAAGAAGAAGAAAGGCCUCGCUCCAGACACCUCCGAUGAGGCGCCAACCAAGCUUGAACCGGAGCUUGUGACUAAGGAGAUUGACCCGUCAAAUGCGACAGAGUCUUCCGAGCCGUCGGCAAUGCCUGCUGUGAUACCAGCCGCAGAAGAGUCAGGCCCCAAGAUUGUGGAGGAGGUAGUUACUACACCACAGGCAACGGUAAACACCAAGCCGCCAGCCAUUACGUCCGGGGGCUUUAUCCCUGAGGACCAAUCGGCAACCACCGUGGAGGAAGAGAUUACCACCUCGAAGGAAUCGAAGAAGGACAAGAAGAAGAACAAGAAGGACGCCGCGCAGGACAUUUCGGAAGACUCUCCUGCUCUAGAGGCAGAACCUGCGCCUGAAUCGACACCAGUGCCACAACCGGAGGGAGGUCGCGAUGAGGCCGUCGUUCCUAGUGACGAGGUGACCACCCAGCCAAAGGACACCUCAGAAGAGUCCACAAUCACGACAGAGCUUCCCAAGCAGCAGACGGAGGUCGAGGAAGGCCCUUUUAAAGGCAUGAGCAACAAACAGAAGAAGAAAAAGAAGGCAGAAAUGGCCGCUGCCGCUACCGCGCUAGCCGUUGCUGCUGAAGGCGCUGCUCAGGAACCCAAGCCUGUUGCCGAAGAACAAGCCGUCAACGUCGCCCCUGCUGCUCUCGAGACCCCUCCUGAGGUGACCGCCACCGAGGACGCUUCUGUGCCCGAGUCACAGCCUGCAGAGGAAAUCAAAAGCGCGGCAGAUGUAUUACCGGAGUCGACAGAGCAGACGAAGUCCGAGGAGGAUCCGUUCAAGGGAAUGAACAAGAAGCAAAAGAAGAAGAAGAUGGCUGAGAUGAAGGCGGCAGCUGAAGCUGCUGAGGCUGCCACCGCUGUUGAGGCUGUCGAGGCCGAGAAGUCCACGGAAGACAACACUGCCGACGAGAAGCCUGUCGAGGCGCAUCCCACAGAGGACUUCCUUGCCGAGGAGAUCCCCACCAAGAAGGAGCCUAUUGAUGAGAAGUCUGCCGACGAGAAGCCUGUCGAGGAGAUCCCCAUCGAGACACGUUCCUCAGACGACACGCCUGCCAAGGAGGUUUCUACUGAGGACAAGUCACUUGUUGGAGACACGACCACUGAUAAGACUCCCAUCGAGACGCCGGUCAAGGAGCAGCCCGCUUCGGGGCCAGAACGCGCAGCGGAACCAGAAGUUGUGCCAGAGGCAGCAUCGGAGCCGGCCAAAGUUGAGGAGGACCCUUUCAAGGGCAUGAACAAAAAGCAAAAGAAGAAGAAGAUGGCCGAGAUGGCUGCCGCUGCCGAGGCUGUCUCGGAGACCCAACGGAUGCCUUCUGAGCCUGCUACAACCGAGGAAGAGACAAAUACUCCAGCCAAACUUCUCGAUGAGGAGCCUGUUGUUGAGGAGUCUACUGCUAAAGAGCCUCUAGCUGAGUCGAAGUCUAUGCCUGUACCAGAGCCCGAGCAGCUUCAAGCCGAUGAGGACCCUUACGCUGGUCUGAGCAAGCAAGAAAACAAGAAGAAAAUGGCUGCUGCACUGCCCGCUGCCGAGGUCAAAGAAAAGGCCGUUGAGGAGGUACCUAACGAAGACAAGGUUACCGUUGAGAUACCUGCGGAGACCACCGUCGAGGAUAAAGCUUUUGAAGAGGAGCCUGCUGACGCCCUGGCUGCCGAGGAGUCACCUGUUCACGACAAACCCACCGAUGAGAAUGCUGUCAAAGACUCGCUUGUUCCAGAGGCGCCUCAGGUCGACGAGGACCCUUUCAAGGGCAUGAGUAAGAAGCAGAAAAAGAAUAAGAUGGCCGAGAUGGCCGCUGUUGCGGAGAUGGCUGCCGUCGCCACUGUUUCUGAGCCCACCACUACUGAGACCUCACAAGUCCCCGUGGAGAAGCCCGAGGAGGUGGCGGUUGAGAGCAAGAUCAUCGAGGAGAUGUCUGCCGAGGCAGCUGCCGAAGAGAAGCCCACCGACAAGUCCGAGCCGGAGCCACCCAUCGUCGAGGAGGACCCUUUCAAGGGCAUGAACAAGAAACAGAAGAAGAAGAGGAUAGCCGAGAUGGCAGCGGCUGCUACUGCUGCAACUGCCGCCGGAGUCAUCGCAUCUGAAAUGAAGGAUAUCCACCACGACAAGGCUGCAGAGGACAAGGCAGACAUCCCAACCGAGCAGCCACCCGCGCUUGAAGCAGAGACUGCCGCGACAUCUGAGGAAGCUCCUAGGGAUGUUGCUCCUGAGCUUCUCGAGGCGAAGGAGGCGCCCGAAAAGACCGAGAGCCAGGUCGACACAUCUGCAAUUGCGGAUGUCAAUGUCGACGACGAGUUCCCGUUGGUCGAGAAGAAGGCGAAGAAAGACAAGAAGAAGAAGAAGGGCAAGGCCUUGGACAUCCUCGAGUCCGACCCCUCGACUGAGAUCAUCGCCCAAGCAGCCGAAUCUCCCUUAGAGCCCUCUACCGAGGCUGUUCCCGAGCCCGCCCCGAACGAUUCUGCCGCCGUCGAGCGCACAGAUGACGCAGUAGAGGAGCCUUCCACACCAGUGCCAAGUGCAACUAUUGAGCAGUCUGCCGAUCGAUCGAUGCAUCCCGAGAAUGCCGAGGCACCUGUUGAUGAGCCAGCCAAAGAGACAAUCGAAGCGGUGGCACCACACGAUCCUCACCCAGCUACCUCUGAGUCUGUGGAGGACGAUUUGUUCCCAAAGAUGUCCAAGAAAGAUAAGAAAAAGAAGAAGGGCAAGCUCCAGGAUGACUCCAAUCCCCCCUCUGGAAACGCGACGCCCGUCGCCUGGGAGACUUCAGACCCUUUUGCUGUAUCUGCCCCCAAUCUUUCAGGAGCACCAGCCGCCACUGCCACCGAUGCUCCCGCACUUGACUCAACUGAGACGGCCAAAAAGACUUCAGUAGAAGUCUUGGAGCCACAAGGUGAUGCCGUCACUGCAGAUGCAGGAGAGACGGCAAAGGUGGAGAGCGAGCUCCCUUCUGCUGUCAAUGAGGCUGAGAAGGUGCCGUCGGCUGAUGCAGAAUUGCCAACGACUAGGGCAGAUGCUACGUCAGCUUCAGCGGAAGACUCUUCCGCCGAGGUUCCUACCGUAGCUUCCGUCGAGACCCCUUUUGAGGCUUCCGCCGAGACUCCAAACCUUGAUGACGAAUUCCCAGCCUUCCAGAAGAAGUCAAAGAAGGACAAGAAAAAGAAGAAGGGGGGCAAGGUUCAAGACGACAUUGACAUCACAUCGGGAACUGCCACUCCAGCUGAAGCAUUUGAAGCUGAGAGUCAGCAAUUGCAGUUGCCCAAUGUCUCUGUCGAGCCGGUCGAGGCUCCUUUAGAUGCCAACUUGCCCGAGUCCAGGCCAAUUUUCGCUUCAACCCAAGAGGUGGAGGAUCGUUCAGUAGCGGAAACUGUCGCACCAGCACAGGUUCCCUCAGCUCAAAUGGACACUGCCAUCGAUCAAGAUUCCAUCGCCAAGGACUCCCAGCUUCCAAUCAACGCACCAUUUGAGGAAGAAUGGCCUGAGGCUGUGCCUGUCAAGAAGUCUAAGAAGGACAAGAAGAAAAAAAAGAAGUCCAUAGCCGAGGAAAAUUUCGAUCUUGUAUCUGGAACCGCCACUCCGAUGGAGACCACCGUCGAAGACACUAAGGGGGAAAUAGCACACGUCGACGACGUUACGACUACCGACAGGUCUCUGGCUUCUGAUGACAAGACAACAUCCGAUAUCCCACUCGCUGAGCCCCAUGUGGAAGCUCCACUUGAGGCCGACCUUGUACAAGCAUCGCUUCAGGAGGCAGUACGGCCUUCGUCAUCACAAGUCUCACAAGAACAGCUGGCGACAGACCUACAGCAACAACCUCCCGCGCACUUAGCCGAACACCACCCUGAGCCAUCAACUUCUUCGAAAUCUAUCGAAAUUGAGCCAGAGAAGGUUGCCGGGGAGACAGUGGCUGCCGAGGAGCCGUCAAAGUUCGUGGUCAAGGAGUCCAAGAAAGGCAAGAAGAAGAGGAAAUCUACCAUGACCGAGCCGGAACCUCCCGUUCCAGCUGCUGAGGAGCAAGUUGCCACAUUGGAACCCUCUGCCACCGAUUUCGUCAACGAGCCAAGCACUACAGAGCCCAUCGUUGAGAGCUCGGCCAUCGAGCCUGCAGAGGAAACGGCCUUGCCUUCUGAGGAGUCGGCUUCGGUGGUUCCGGAGACUGGGCCCGCGGUUGUCCUCACUCAAGAUGCCCAGCCAAGACAAGUGACAGAGUCAGACAAGGCAUUGACCACUCUGGACCUCGAACACGAGCCGAGACCUCUGAACACCCAGUCUGAUGCCACACCUUUGAUUGAGCAAGAAUCCGUGGCUCCAAUCUCAACAGAGAUCCUACCUGAGGCUACCUCUGACCAAAUCCGAUCAAGCAAAACAUCUGACAUCGUGGCCGAGCCAGAGGUCGCAAACCCUGCUGACCUCGAUGAUUUCCUACCUGCGAAGAAGAGCAAGAAGGACAAGAAGAAGAAGAAGCGACAGAGCCUAGCAUUUGACGACAUUGAACCCGAGUCGCCCUUGGCUUCUGGCACCGCAACACCCAAACCUGAGUCGACUGAGCAGCAAGAAACCGAGCAACAUUUGGAUCAGCAGUCUCUUCCAGUAGAAGGACUUACCUCGAGAACUGAGGACUAUGUCUCGACCGAGGAGCCGGCGUUCGCAACAGACAGACCCCUCGAUUCCACUUCUAUUCCUCAGCCUCUGCCCACCUCCGACCCAUCAGCUGGCCCCCAAAUGGUGGACAUCCUGACAACUGAACGCCACGAUGACCUCGAUCAAGCCCGGAUAGUAUCCGAUGACAAGCCAGCUGCUCAAUCAACGCCGCAGCAGAUUGUCGGUGACGGGACAUUCUCUGCUGAUCAGGUGGAUCAUGUCCUGUCUAGCGCUCCAAUCGAUGUGACUGCACAGGAUGACAAGCGCAGCUUGGAGGAAACGACCGCACAAGAUGUCCGUGAAAGUGUGCUCCCUGAGGACCCCGAAGAGACCUUUGUCGUCAAGAAGUCCAAGAAAGACAAGAAAAAGCGCGCCAGCCAGGUGCAGUUCGAGGAGCCGGCCACGCCUGAUCUCGAGACCCUAGAUGCAUCCGAGCAAGCCCUCUCCGCCGCAGAGCCAGCCCCUGAGGCUGUCUCUCGUGGAAUAGUGCAGGGACCCGACGACUUUGACGUUGCGCCGCAAGAACCCAUUGCGGAGGAGGUCGUCUCCAAGAAGUCGAAGAAAGACAAGAAGAAGGCCAAGAGACUUUCUUUCGCGGAUGAGCCAGAGCAGAUCGUUGAGGUGCAGACCAGCGCUCCCGACCUACCUGAAGGCGACUUAGCCGUAAGGAAGGCACCAGAAAACCUCGCAGACACCGUCGCUGAGACUGAUAUUGCGAAGAGCUCUAUGUCUUUGGAAGACCCAAGUUAUCAGACAGCGGCGCUGCUCGAACCAGAAUCAACAACUCAACCCGCCGUUGCUGGCGAUGAUGAAUGGGACAUUCCCGUCACCAAAAAGUCGAAGAAGAGCAAGAAGGGCAAGAAACAGUCAAUUUCGCUGGAUCGCUCCCCCAUUAGCGCCAUCUCACGUCCGGAACAAGAACUGGUUGCGUCUAGACCUAGCCGGCCUGAAGAUACAAAAGACACGGUUGAGUAUUUCGACAGUGCACCGCGCGAAAUCACUCGAAGCCCUUCAGCCCCGCCGCCUCCAGAGACUGCGUCGGCUCUCGAAUCACCUGCGGUCAUUGUCCCCGAGCCUACCGGCGCCAAUGCCCUGUCUCCUACUUCGAACAAGUCAGUAGACAUCGACCUCACUCCAGCACAAGAGACCAGCAACGUCGUCCAUGAGGUGCCUUUCGAUCAGGCAAACAAGCGCAAGAAGAUGAAGACGAGAGAGUUAUCUGAUACUCUCCUUCCUGAACCGAUUGUUAGCUCUAGAGAUGUUGCGGCUGCGUACUUUGACGAACGCGAAACACCAGUCGCGGGCAUCAGUAAGAUUGGAGAUGAGCUUCCCAACCCGGAAGCUGAUCUACCGCGUGAGAAAGAGAGUUCUGAGUCAAGCGUGGGCAAAGAUGAGCCUCUCCGGGAACCAGAGCCGGCUGCAUCACUUGACAUCGCCGCUUCGUACAUGGAGCACAAGUAUGAUCACAAGCCAGAUGAAUCUGUUCAGCCAAUCACACCAGAGAAGAAGGCAUCCGAGCCGUCAUCAGGAAUUAGCGCCGCAAUUGGGGCAGCAGCAGUUGCCGCCGGUGCAGCAGCCCUCGCCAGCAAGUCGAGCAGCGGUAAGAAGAAGAAGGGAAAGAAGUCGAAGUACGAGGAUAAGCGCGCAACGCAAGAAGAAGACAUGUUUGACGAUCCUUCUCUCUGGGAAGGAGCCGAUAGAAAGCAUGUCAGCGAGAUUGCAAGCAAAGAGGUGGAGGAUUUUUGGGGCGGCGGCGAGGAUUCAGCCGAUGACCAGCUGCCUGAGCAAUCAACAAGAACGAGCAUGAUGGCGGACGAUGUCUUUGGCCCCUCACUUCAACAUCAGGAGGGCGCUCCGAUCCAAGCUCAAGAGCCCGGCGCGUUCCCAGUAUCUCGAGGCUUGGACGAAGACGUAUCGAAAGGAAGGUCACAGAAGGAGGAAAGGGCAAAGGAUGUUUUGAGUCUCGCAGCACCACUCAAGGAAAAGGCUCAAGACGACAACGUUGAGAGUCCGAUUCUUGGCAGAGAAAUUGGACCAGAGCAAGCGAGCGAGCCUACUGCCAUGACGACACAACAACGCUCAUUGAGCCGGGGUGCCAGGUCACCCAUGACAAGCACCAUGGUGAGCGAUAUGGACGAAGCAGUCGAUCGUGGGUUCGAGGCCGAGACCCGUCGCGAUCUCUUCGUUGGCCGUUCACCAAACAGCCCGGAACGGACCUUUGAGAUGAGCGGUUUCCGGAGCCCGGUGCCGAGCAUCUUGCCGCCUGUUCAAGAGGAGGGUCACGAUGGAAGCGAUAUUGAGCCUCGAUUGUUGUACAGACCUGCUUCUCGCACAACCUCGGGCUCACCAGACCCAACCCGAGACAGCGGGUUUGUACCCAGCUCACCUCAUCCGCUCAGAAGGGGAGGUUUCGAUAAUGAGGAGCAACGGGACAGCGGUGUUCAUCUUCGGGACUGGCAGGAGCAAAGAUCACCAGGCCGAGAUGGACAACGGACACCCGAGUUGAGGGUUCACAGAAGCGAAAGACGACGAUCUCGAGAGCUGGAGAGAGCAAAGUCGCCGGAGAAGACAUUAUUCGAAGGAGAGGCUCGUGAUCACCCACUUUCCAGGACACCGGUCCUGCGAGAACCUGCAGGACGGGAGUUGACUCCAGAGCCGCAAAAACACAAACGGGGCAUCAGCCCAGAGCUCGAGCGACGAAGAAACAAGUAUCAGGACCUUGCGUCGGCUGCCUUGGCUGGUGCAGCAAUCAGCAGCACUGUCUCGUCACCACGCAGCACUCCGCCACCAGGCAAUCGCAGCGUUUCCGACAGGGUCGCACGCCUGCAGUCUCCGGCACCUACAGCUACAGAGCCUAUAGCGCGCAGAUCCAUGUCCAACAGCAGCCUGUCACGACACCGGCGGGCGACUGGGGCGCUAACGCCAGAACCACUAAAGUUCCGGCCUGAGAGCCCAGGCAUCCAACGGUCAGGCACCGCCACCCCGCCUCUUCGCCGGGUCGACAGGCGUGUAAGCGGAGACCUACGAUCCAUCAGCCAACGAAGUCAGCUUGACCUCAACAAGGACCCCAAGGACCCGACCAGCUCCUCCAACACCCCCGUCGCCAACGAAGGUCGUGUCCGUACCAAGGACAUGGCCGACGUCUUUGAUGGAUUCGGUGAAGGCCGCAUCGGCUCUCCCCGAUCGCCUACCCGUCCACACAGCAUGCGGCGUCGCCAGAGCAUGCAAGUCCUCGAGCUCGAGUCUCGCGUCGAACAAUUGAUGGCCGAGAACCGGAUGCUCACAGACUCCCGAUCCCACACCGACACCCAGAACAAGAACAGAGACUCUGGCAUUCUGGCAGAGCGCGAUGCCGAAAUCGACGUCCUCAAGCAAUCGCUUGAGUUUCUACAAAAGGAGGUUGCCCGAUUGACAGAGGUCAACGAGGGCUUGAAUAGCGCCAAUACCCAACUUGCUGCCCAACACAAUGAGCGUUACCGAUCAUUGGAGACCCAGCACUUUGACGCCUCGCGGCAAUUGGAGCAAGCGCGCACCGAGCAUAAUCACUUCCAGGAGUCACUGCUGCAAAAGGAUGCAGAAAUUGGCCGCCUGCGCUCCGAACUCGACGCGGCCAAGGAUAAGAUCCGACAGAUGCAGCGCCAGAUCCUGGCAUCCAAGGGCGCUGACAGCGACUUCCUCAAUGUCAAGGACGUCGACCACUUUGACCACAGAUGUCAGCAACUCUGCUCUCACGUACAGCAGUGGGUUCUGCGCUUCUCCAAGUUCUCCGACAUGCGCGCCUGCCGCAAGACAAACGAGAUCAAUGACGAAAAGGUCAUUGACCGUCUCGACAACGCCAUCCUGGAUGGCACCGACGUGGAUACUUAUCUCGGCGACCGUGUCAGGCGCCGAGAUGUCUUCAUGUCCAUGACGAUGAACAUGAUUUGGGAGUUUGUGUUCACUCGCUACCUCUUUGGCAUGGACCGCGAGCAGCGACAAAAGCUCAAGUCGCUGGAAAAGCUGCUUACCGAGGUCGGCCCUCCCCCGGCCGUUCGACAAUGGCGCGCCGUCACCCUGACGUUGCUCUCCAAGCGCCCCAGCUUCAAGCACCAGCGCGACCUCGACACCGAGGCCGUGGUCCAGGCCAUUUUCCAAACGCUGUCCAGGGUCCUCCCUCCCCCUUCCAACCUGGAGGACCAGAUCCAAUCACAGCUGCGCCGCGUGAUGCGGGAGGCCGUCGACCUCUCCAUCGAAAUGCGCACCCAGCGUGCCGAGUACAUGAUGCUCCCGCCGCUGCAACCAGAGUACGACGCCGACGGCGAGCUCGCCGACACGGUCACGUUCAACGCGGCGCUCAUGAACGAGCGCAGCGCCGACAAGUCGGCUACCAACGAGGCUCUCGAGGCCCAGAGCGCCGUCGUGCGCAUCGUACUGUUCCCGCUCGUCGUCAAGAAGGGUGAUGACGGCGGCAACAAUGACGACGAGAUUGUUGUGUGUCCUGCCCAGGUACUGGUGGCUCGGUCCAAGGGCAAGUCCGUUAGGCUGUUUACGCCCGGGAGCGACGCUGGCGGUGCGUCGCUCAGCGGGCAGACGGCAGCCACGCGCAGCGAUCUCAGCAUGGGUACUUUCUUGCCUGAUCAAGCCUCCAACUUGCGGUAA